AUGCUUAUUGUUGGUCUCACUGGUGGUAUUGGUGCUGGAAAGUCCACUGUAUCUCGUACAUUGCAUGAAAGCCAUAAAUUAACAAUUGUCGAUGCAGAUUUAAUUGCAAAAGAAGUUGUAAAUCCGUGUCGAAAGGCUUAUAAUAGAAUUUUGGAAGCAUUUUCAGACGAGAUUCCAGAUCUUGUCGACCCACAUAAUGGCUCAUUAAACAGAGCGGCCUUAGGAAGUGCUGUCUUUGGUAAUAAGGAAAAAUUAAAAAGAUUGAAUUCUAUUGUUCACCCUGCGGUUCGGAGGGAAAUCAUAUGGCAGAUUAUACAAGCCUAUUUGAGCUUUCAAAGUAUUGUUGUUUUGGAUGUUCCGCUAUUAUUUGAAGCGGGAUUGAACAAGAUAUGUGGUGUCACCGUAACUGUUACAUGCGAUAAAGAAUUACAAGUAAAAAGAAUAGCUGCCAGAAAUUCAGAAUUGAGUGAGGGUGAUAUUAGGAAACGGAUUGACAGUCAAAUGUCGAAUGAAGAAAGAAAUUAUAGAUCCGAUGUAGUGAUAGAUAAUAGCAGUGGUUUAGAUGAAUUGAAAAAAUCAGUCGCAUCAGUUGUUAAGGAAAUACGCCCAAAUAUCAUAUUUACAUUACUUGAUUUAUUUCCACCAUUUGGCUUGUUAUCGGCAAUUUACACUUUUACACUUCGAACCGUCAGCGAUAGGUUUAAAGGAACGAAGCCCCUGCUUAAGAAUGACUAA